CCCCUUUAAGACAUCAUCACCACCAUCAUCACCAUCUCCUCCUCAGCUCGCCGCCGCUGCCUGCUCUAGUAAUAGAUGUUAUGGAGAAGAAAGCGAACGAUGGAUUCACACUUUAGCCAUUGCAUUCUCCUUUGUGACAUCUUGAAGACUGAAAUCGGAAAUCCUCAUUUGGCACAUUAAUCAUCCCACUAAAGGGAGAACUGAGCCGACUGACUGAUUUUUUUCUCUUUGUCCCGUGGGAGAAAAGGAACGCACGAACUUACUGUAAAAUGAAGAGGAUAACGGGCAAGACGAAAGAAGCCACUCUUAUAGAAAUGACCAGCGCGCUGGAUUCUCAGAUUGAAGAUGGCUGUGCCGUUCUGACGGGCUACAGGAGGACCUUACCAGCAGGCAAUAAUGGCAGCAUUAACUCAAUCUCUGACCGAGGGAUUCAGCUGCCUGGUCAUCGGGAGAUAGACAAGUUUGAUCAGAACAGAGACUCUGUGUUCUUCAAGGAUGGCGUACGGCGCAUUGACUUCGUCCUGUCCUACGUCGAUGACAAAGAGGGAGACAAAAAAGCGGAGAGGAGAAGAGAGUUUGAAGCCAACCUAGAGAAAGCUGGUCUCGAGCUGGAGACUGAAGAUAAAUCGGAGUCAGAUGAUCGUAAGACACAUUAUCUGAAGAUUCACGCUCCAUGGGAGGUGUUGGCCACUUACGCUGAUGUACUAAAGAUUAAAGUGCCCUUUAAAGUGAGCGACAUCCCCAAAGCUCGAGAGGUUCCUCUGGAGUGGCUCAGUCACCCUUUCCGGCUGCCAGAAAACAUCAUGAGGCCCGAGCCGGACUACUUCACUGCACCCUUUGACAAGAGCAAGGUGGACUUCUUCCUCAUUGAUGAUAAAGACACCUUUUUCCCACCUUCCACACGCAACAGGAUUGUGUACUACAUCCUGACUCGCUGCCCAUACUACAAAGAAGACCGAAAAGAGAAGGAUAAGACUGGGAUUAAUCGGCUGUUGAAUAACGGCACAUACACCUCUGCUUAUCCGCUUCAUGAUUGUCGGUAUUGGAAGAAGGCUCAGGACAUGCAGUGUGAGAGUGAAAGGUAUCAUCUGUAUCGCUAUUGGGCUCGAUUCCUCUGCUUCUACAAAGAGCAGCCACUCAAUCUGAUCAAGAAGUACUACGGUGAGAAGAUCGGUAUCUACUUCGCCUGGCUGGGCUUUUACACAGAGAUGCUGUUUUAUGCUGCAGUCAUGGGUGUCAUCUGUUUUGUUUAUGGUGUCCUCAGUUACGAAGACAACAUCACAAGUAAGGAAAUCUGUGACCCAAAAAUAGGAGGCAUGAUUGUCAUGUGUCCGCUCUGUGACAAAAAGUGCAGCUACUGGAAACUCAACUCAACAUGUCUGUCCUCCUGGCAAUCCCAUCUCUUUGAUAAUGAAGGAACUGUGUUUUUUGCCAUGUUCAUGGGCAUUUGGGUGACCCUCUUUCUGGAGUUCUGGAAGCGACGGCAGGCCCGUCUGGAGUAUGAGUGGGACCUUGUGGAUUUUGAGGAGGAGCAGCAGCAGCUCCAGAUCAGGCCAGAGUAUGAGCAGAAGUGCACAGGCCGCAGACUCAACCGCAUCACACAGGAAAUGGAACCUUAUCUUCCUUUCCCCAGCAAAUGUGCUCGAUUCUGCCUAUCUGGAGCAACUGUACUCUUCUGGACGUGUCUCAUAGUGGCCUGCAUAAUGGGAGUGAUCGCCUACAGAUUAGCGGUGUAUGCAGCGUUCGCCAGCGUCAUGAAAGACAGUUCCACCAGUAAGAUCCAGCUGGUUGGGUCACUCAUCACCCCUCAGCUGGCCACUUCCGUUACUGCUUCCUGCAUCAACUUCGUCAUUAUCCUCAUCCUCAAUUUCCUCUAUGAGCAUGUGGCUAUCUGGAUCACUGACAUGGAAAUCCCCAAGACCCAUCUGGAGUAUGAGAACAAGCUGACCAUGAAGAUGUUCAUGUUCCAGUUUGUGAACUACUACUCUUCCUGUUUCUAUGUGGCCUUCUUUAAGGGAAAGUUUGUGGGUUAUCCGGGAAACUACAGUUAUAUGUUUGGAAAGUGGAGCACUUUGAGAAAUGAGGAGUGUGCUCCUGGAGGUUGUCUGAUUGAGCUGACCACUCAGCUGCUUAUUGUCAUGGCUGGGAAACAAAUGGUCGGGAACGUCCAAGAGGCUCUUUUGCCACUUGUCCGAAACUGGUGGAGCAGCAGGAAAGGCCGCAGUCAUCCAGAAAGCACGUAUAGUAGAUGGGAGCAGGACCAUGACCUCCAGAACUUCAGCCAGUUUGGACUCUUCUAUGAGUAUCUGGAGAUGGUGAUCCAGUUUGGCUUCAUAACACUUUUCGUGGCCUCCUUUCCACUGGCUCCUCUUCUUGCCCUCUUCAACAACAUCCUGGAGGUGCGAGUGGAUGCUUGGAAAUUCACCACACAGUUCAGACGACCGAUGGCAGCCAAAGCACGCAACAUCGGAGCUUGGGAAGAGAUCCUUAAUGUGGUGGCCAUCAUGUCCGUGGUCACAAAUGCCUUCAUCAUGGCGUUCACCUCAGAUAUGAUCCCUCGUCUGGUCUAUCUGUACGCUUAUCACCCAGGCAUUGAGGCCAAUAUGACCGGUUAUAUCACCAACAGCCUCUCGAUUUACAACAUCUCUCAGAUCCCAGAAGAUAACCUGCCUGAAGCUGGAGAAAACCCAUCCUGGUUUAACAGCUCCACCAUCACCACAUGCAGGUAUCGGGACUACAGAUACCCACCUGGCCAUCUGAGGCAGUACACACACACCAUGCAGUUCUGGCACAUCCUGGCUGCUAAGCUCGCCUUCAUCAUUAUUAUGGAACAUGUUGUGUUUGUGGUAAAGUUCUUCGUGGCGUGGCUCAUCCCAGAUGUGCCUUCAGAAGUGAAAGCCCGUAUAAAGCGUGAGCGCUUUCUGGUCCAGGAAUACCUGCACAACUAUGAAGUGGAGAAACUGAAGAUGCAGCUAAGCCAGAGUUUCUGCCUAUCCACAGAAACGGCCUCACUGCUGCCCUCUAGUCCAAACAAACACCAGGUGAUUUCUGAAUGUGUCUGAACAUCCUCAGGAGGACUACACUUAGAUGUACUGUACACUGCAAAGCAUGAAGGACUCCUUCAUACUGUACAUUCAGUGCUAAAAAAUAACUCGCCCUCACUCAGACAACUGCCAGAAGUUUUACAAACAGCUCUAAAUGUGAAACAACUAUACGGUCUGCUUUCAUUUUGCUCAAGGUUUAUCAGAGAACGUCAGCUUUUGCAAUGGAUAAAAAUGGCAGUGAAUUCAACAGCAAACCUUCUGGAAUGCAACCCGAUGCUCCUCCAGGUGCUGUGAAGGCAACUCGUAAACAAUCAGGAAAAUCACCAUUAAAAAAAGACAUUCGGAAAUGUUUUAAGAAGGCAUUAAGUGUUUCUCUGUCCAGCUUGUUGCCAUCUUUGAUUUGAAGACAUAAUCUGCAUGCUUUGCUCUGUAUGUCUGACUGUGAAAGAGCUCCUCGUUGAAUGUGUGUUGUCUUUUGUUUUCAGAGAAAAACCAUGUUAGUGUCACAUUUUAUUAUGAGCAUGGACAAAUUAUAUAUAAAACACGUGUGCCAUGUUGAGUUUAAUAUGUGAUGCUCAUGUGGUUUUUCUGUAAGGGCAGAUCAAUCAGAUUAUUCUAUUUUUAUUUAACAUUUAUUAUUUGUUCCAGUGAAGAAACACUGAAAUCUAUCAGAGAAAAUGGAGCGUUUGCAUUAUCAGAAUAUUUAUAUUUUAUCAUAGUUGUUUUUAUUUUGAAAGAAUGCUGUACCUUGCCACCCACACAUAUUGUUUAGUGUAUAAUUAAAAAUGUUAAGUGUAAUUAUUUGUUUUUUUAAAGGAUGCAUUUAUUAUUUAGGGGUAAGAGCACUUGUGUUUUCGCCAGACUGAGCUCUAGAAUGACUUGCUGUAUAUUUUCUGAUGUGUCAGAAAUUCAAGCCAUACGCCUAAAUCUUCAGGAAUCUGUCAGGGUUUGUACAUAUCUAAGACUGAAGGAACAUCAGUUCGACAUCUUUUGUCUUUAAGACUGAGAAAAGUUUUUAUGAAACUCUCUCCCCCUUUUGUUUUGAUUUCUGCACAAAUGCACUUAGGACUUGUUCAGAUUUUUGUAAUCAGAUCCCCAUGCAUCAGUGGCUUUGAUUUCCAGUUUGAUAACUAUAUUUGAUAUAACAGAAUGCUGGGAAAGUGAGGUGCAUGAAGCUGGCAUUGUGUGAUUUCUAAUUAUUCUUCCAUCAGCUGUAUACAAUGUCAAUCCUCAGUUGGGUUUUACAUAAAAAAUGACUAAAACUGAAGAGAUUAAGUUUCCUCUUGUAAUACUGACCUGGUGCCAAGAGGUUUGGAUAUAUUUUGUGCUGCCCCAUUUGUUAAUUUGUCCUGUAGCACUAUUUAUUACUGUUAAGAUGACCAUUCACUGAGUGGGUUAAAAAACAAGCAAACUUGUUCAAAUUUUGUCCCAAGAGUAUUUUCUAGUGUACUAAUUCAACUACACGCCUUCUGUUUGCACUCGUACCUUCUGUUCGGAGUCGUACCUGUUCAUUUCACACAAAUCUGUUUGAAAAUCCUCUGUGUAUAUCUUUUUUUGGCCUGUUGUGUAAGCUGACUUUCAUGAACCCUUUUAUGGACAAUACCAAUACAGUUUACAGAACUUUUUCGAAUAGUGUGUGUUGAUAUAUGUGUGGAAACAAAGCCUAGGUAUCUAUGUAGACCCGUAAAAACGGGACAGGGGCGUUAUAACAAUAAUAUUUAAACAAAAAAAAGCUGAGAGUUAUGUAUGUACCCAUACCUAUCCAUAAUGAUGUUCAUAUGUCUGUGUAUGUUGUUGGUUUGGCCUACAAAUGUUUACAGGAUGAGUUGCAUGAAUACGUGUGCAAGUUGAACGUCUUGAAUUAAGCUUUUAAACAGAAAUUACUGUUUGCAUUCCAGCGAGGAGAACGUGCCAAAUAAAGUCAUUAAAGUUUCUCACGUUCAGCACUUGUUGGGCGUCCUCUGAUAGCUACAGUGCAGUGAAUGAACGCUAGAUGGCGCGCGUGUUUCACUAGGCGCGCUCUUGACAACCUGUUGUGAAGCUUUCAAGUAGCUACCCAGCAUUUCACAGCGCAGUUACCUUCAUAUAACGAGGUCUGUGAUUUAGCAGUAACCUGUAUCCGAAUUAUGCAAUCAUUAUUAAAUGUGUUAAAUAC